CCUGUUGUGUGUAGAUUCUGUCAGUGCAUCAUGAAGUACUUCAUUAUUCUGGCCCUGGUUGCUGCAGCCUAUGCUGCUCCCAUCGAGGAUGACAAGAUUGUUGGAGGCUACGAGUGCAGAAAGAACUCUUUGCCCUACCAGGUCUCUCUGAGCUCUGGCUACCACUUCUGUGGAGGCUCCCUGAUCUCCAGCACCUGGGUGCUGUCUGCUGCUCACUGCUACAAGUCCCGCGUGCAGGUGCGUCUUGGUGAGCACAACAUCGCUGUCAAUGAGGGCACAGAGCAGUUCAUCAACUCUGCUAAGGUCAUCCGUCACCCCAGCUACAACAGCCGCAACCUGGACAAUGACAUCAUGCUGAUCAAGCUGAGCAAGCCCGCCUCCCUGAACAGCUACGUCCGCGCCGUGUCCCUGCCCUCCAGCUGCUCCGGCUCUGGCACCCGCUGCCUGAUCUCUGGAUGGGGCAACCUCAGCAGCUCUGGAAGCAACUACCCUGAUCGUCUGAUGUGCCUGGAUGCCCCCAUCCUGAGCGACAGCAGCUGCAGGUCUGCCUACCCUGGACAGACCACCUCCAACAUGUUCUGUGCUGGAUUCCUCGAAGGAGGCAAGGACUCCUGCCAGGGUGACUCUGGUGGCCCCUUGGUGUGCAACGGUCAGCUGCAGGGUGUGGUGUCCUGGGGUUAUGGCUGCGCCCAGAGGAACAAGCCUGGAGUCUACGCCAAGGUCUGCAACUACAACACCUGGAUUCGCAACACCAUGGGCUCCAACUAAAGUCACCUCAGUCCUUUGUUAAAAGAAAGAAAACUGCAAAUGCCUUCAAUAAAAAGAAAGAUCAAAUACA